UUCGUCGGUAACGAGGAAAAAAAAAACUGUUCAGAGGAGUCGCGUCGUUUUCCUCCAUCUUCUUCCGCUCUCCGCUCUCCUCUUCCGCCCGCCCCGCCCCGCACCGCACCACCCUCGCCGCCGCCGCAUCAGCCGCCACGAUGCACAAGACGGCGCAGGCCUGGUUUACCGGCGGCACCGCCGCCUCUUCCGCGGCCGCCAGCGAGUCGCAGCCGUCCCUACUCGCCGACUGGAAUUCCUACGCCGCCGCCCGCUCCGACGCCUCCUCCUCCUCCUCCCCGCUCUCCUUCGACAUCGAGGCCGCCGUCCGCUCCGCCAACGAUACCGUCUCCGGCACCUUCAGCUCGGUGACCAAGGGCGUGCGGGAGCUGCCAGGGAGCUUCCAGAGCGCGACUAGCAGCUUCCCCUCGGGCAGGGCGCUCAUGUACUUCAGCCUUUUCCUCGCCACCGGCAUCUUCUUCAUCUUCAUCGCCUUCGCGCUCUUCCUCCCCGUCAUGGUGCUCAUGCCGCAGAAGUUCGCCCUCAGCUUCACACUCGGAUGCGCACUCAUCAUCGCCUCGCUCUUCGCGCUCAAGGGGCCAGCCAACCAGCUCGCCCACAUGACCACCAAGGAGAGGCUACCAUUCUCAGUGGGUUUUAUUGGAUGCAUGGUUGGUACGAUUUAUGUUUCUAUGGUGCUUCACAGCUAUUUCCUCUCUGUGAUCUUCUCAGUCCUUCAGGUUCUGGCCCUUGCAUAUUAUACCAUAUCCUACUUCCCCGGAGGAUCUAGUGGAUUGAAAUUCAUCUCUUCCGGUCUUUUGUCUUCGGUGACAAGUUGUUUUGGUCGAUAAUAGUAGCAUGUUGUACAUUUACUUGUUUUUGUAUGUAGUUGCUGAUCAUCUUCCCGAUAGAGAUUUCAUGACCCCAAAACCCCUCUCCAGUCAUUACGUUGUUUCCAUCUAGACUUGGAUGGGUGUUGGAUAUAGAUUAUAGAGUGAAAUGGGUUUGUGGUGUCUCUUAUCUCAAUGUUCCUUGUGUCUUCAUAUUGUGCAAAGAAAUCUGUAACGGGCUCGAGGCACGGACGCUGUGGGCCAUGUUGGUUAUAUUGCUAUUCUAGAAUUGCUGAUA